GAUCACUUGCCUGUUGCGCCCUUAGUCUCGAGGUAGACCUCUCCUCCAGCAAGAAUAUCUCUUCUCCACGACAUUUUAAUGGUCUAAUGGCGAGUUUAAAGGUUCUGCAAAAUGGCGCCUCGUGGCGUGCUCCCGAUAGCUCAAUGUCGAGUCCCUAUAGAAGUUCGACGAGGGCCUCUGGCUAUGAGAAAAUUUCGAGCGUAAUUUUUACUGCUGGACACUCUAUCCAGAUUUUCCCUUCCUCAAUUCUGGUCAGACGUCCGGCCACAAUUCGAUGUGUCCGGGCAAUUAUUCUGGCAGCCCAGUCAAGGAAGCCCAGAAAUUUCUCCAAUCCCCUCUCGAGGAAUGACGAAAUCCACAGUGGUUCCGUAACACCACUUCAUUCUAGAACUGGAGGAGGGUAUUCCAAAUCACAGAGCAACUGUCUUGAGGAUGCAAGACAACAAAGCCACCGUUUGCCCUUACCUCCCAUAACCAUUUCCAACGCCUCACCUUUUCAUCAGCAGAGUUCAGCUGUUCUGUACCACGAAGUCCUGGACGAGCUGAGAAUCUUGCCAGCCCUGGCUCACGUUGGAAAAAGGGGAAGCUUCUUGGUCGAGGCACAUUUGGACACGUUUAUGUUGGUUUUAAUAGUAGUUCCUGAUGAAUGGGUUUUAAUUGUUGUUGGUUUCAAUGAAACUGGUGAAAUGUGUGCAAUGAAGGAGGUUAAUUAUUUUCUGGUGAUGCAAAGUCCAAGGAAAAUGCGAAGCAGUUGGGACAAA